AUGCAGGACCAUGGAGGAGAGAGACAGGUCGCCAGCAGUCUGCCCCACAGCGUCAAGGCGAGCCUGUCUCUUUCUCCAUCUGGGCCGGGACGGGUGGGCAGCGGCGGGGGCUCCCCUACAUCCAAGAUGGGCUACUGCGGAGGGGUGCCAGUGGAGGACAUGCAGGCCCUGGCCAUCACGUCUCUGUCGGCAGCAGAUGUAGCCAAACAGUAUGAGCACAUCCGUGAGCUGGGGAAGGGCACGUAUGGCAAAGUGGACCUGGUGGCUCACCGAACACAGGGCACCAAAAUGGCGCUGAAGUUUGUUACCAAGAACAAGACGAAGCUGAAAAGCUUCCUGCGGGAAUACAGUCUAACAGGCUCACUUAGCUGCAGCCCUUUCAUCAUCAAAGUCCUGGACGUGCUUUUUGAGACGGAGGACAGCUACGUGUUUGGACAAGAAUAUGCCCCCGCUGGAGACCUUUUCGACAUCAUCCCCCCACAGGUGGGCCUGCCAGAGGAAAUGGUCAAACGCUGCAUGCAACAACUGGGCUUGGCCCUGGACUUUAUGCACAGUAAAAACCUGGUGCACAGGGAUGUCAAACCUGAGAAUGUGCUGUUGUUUGACCGCGAGUGCCGCCGCAUCAAGCUAGCAGACUUUGGAAUGACUCGACGCGUGGGCUGCCGCGUGAAACGAGUGAGUGGUACCAUUCCCUACACGGCACCGGAAGUGUGCCGCGCCAGUCGUGCCGAGGGUUUCCUUGUGACCACCAGUCUGGAUGUGUGGGCUUUCGGCGUGCUGGUCUUCUGCAUGCUGACGGGCAAUUUCCCCUGGGAGGCAGCGCUGCCGGCCGAUGCCUUCUACGAGGAGUUUCGCCGCUGGCAGAAAGCAGGUUGUCCUGUGGGAACGUACCCGUCUCAGUGGCGCCGCUUCACUGAUGAUGCCUUGCGCAUGUUUCAGAGGCUGCUCGCUGCUGAGCCAGAAAAACGCUGUGGAGUCAAGGAUGUCUUCUGCUUUGUCAAGUAUGAGCUGGUCAGCGAGCUCAGGCGCAGAGCAUCUUGCCGAGCCAAGAGAGGUGAGAGGUCAAGCUCGGGAGUGUGCACUGGCAGUUGCACUUCCUCUUCGUCCUCCACUACAUCGCGCUCCUCCCACAGACACCCUGAGCCCUCCACCCCUCCGGGAACAUCUUGCCUGCGGCCGGCGCCACUUAAACGUAGUGUGCUCUCUGACCCGUUGUCUCCCAGAGAGGAGUCUGGACAGCACCAGUCUCCAGGCCGAGACAAGAACAAAAGCCAGAUGGUGAUGGCAACUGCCAUCGAAAUCUGUGUGUGA